AUGGCGUCUACUGCUUCAAGUACUGACGUGGGCCGCGACGCCUUACUCACCACCUUAUCUGACCUCCCAAACGAGGUUCUUACCAAGAUACUCGCCCGCACAGUAGCGAGCAAAGUACCCUUUCACCUGGACGGAUUUAUACAGUUAGGCAAAGUGUAUCAAAAGCUACCCUCUCAAAUGUUUAAGGGUCUUUCUUUGGCUGUGUUCCUCCGCGCGCUACCUUCCUCACAAAAAGAGCACUACCUGGACUGGCUCCUGGUAAAUGGUACUGGCACUUCUCGCCGCGUCCGAGCUUGCGGAAAGUUGGCCUUCUUCUCGGAAAAGAUCUUCAUGAUCUCGCCACGAUUGUUGAAGACCCUGCAGGAUGGCAGUUGCAGGAAUAUAUCUGCUCCUGACAAGGCGGCAGUGCUCUCUCAUGUCCAACAUGUAGUCGCACCCUUGCCGACCGCCGACCUGGCCUGCCGCUUCUCGAGACUGUCGCCUUACAAUGCUUUCACACGUAUACGUGUCCUCAGCAUCGAGCCUCAAUUUCUCGAUGGUUGCAACCGUGUAUAUUGUCAGGCUUUAGAAACUGCUUCGGCUCCAAUACCGUUACAACCGCUGUUGGAGGAUGAACCUGACUCUACUUUCCCAAAAGGCAUCCCUAAAAGGCACUCAGCGCCACAAGAAUUGCUGAGCUUACUCGAGGAUGUUGGUCUGCAGGUGGGGCGAAUGGAGGUGGAUUUGAUACUUUGUGAUACAGAAGACUCGAGGCAAUGGGCCAUUGUGGAACUUUCCAGUCGCAUCUAUCCUUAUCUGCAGAUCAUUGGCAUGCUCAUGCCGAAGACGAGAUCGGCGCAUGGUCAGAAGUCUCCAGCUCCAGUGUAG